UUUAUAAGCACCCUAAGGCAGAGGAAAGAAGAGUUAUCAUUUCAAAGAAAAGAGAAAACAGGUAAGAACAGUAAGGUAAAGAAAAAAAGUGUGUUGAGAUUUGUGGAGCAGCAAUGGCAACACCAAAAAGAUCAUAUGAUCAGCAACAACAACUACAGAUUGUGCAACAUGUGAAGAAUUCAGGAAUGAUUAACAACAUCCAGAGUCCAAGAAGAGAUGAAAAGGAAGAGGAAAUGUCAAGAUCAGUUCUAGCAAUGUUUAGAGAAAAGGAAGAAGAAAUUGAGAGAAGAAAGUUGGAGGUUAGAGAUAAGGUUCAUGCUCAUCUCGGUCGAGUCGAAAAGGAAACAAAGCGAUUGGCUGAGAUAAGAGAAGAGAUUGAGGGUUUCACAGAUCCAAAGAGGAAGGAUGUUGCAAUAGUUAGAAAGAGGAUAGACAUGGUUAACAAAGAGUUGAAGCCAUUGGGUCAAACCUGCCAGAAAAAGGAGAGAGAAUACAAUGAAGCUCUUGAGGCAUUCAAUGAGAAAAACAAAGAAAAGGCUCAACUUGUUACCAAAUUAGUGGAGCUUGUGACUGAAAGUGAGAGGAUAAGGAUGAAGAAGCUGGAGGAUCUAAGCAAAAAUAUAGAUUCACUUCACUAAGAUAUGUUAGUGAAAGUAACCUUGUGGGUUCAGUGUGAUGUUAACUAAAAUUCUUAUCAUUUGAUGUGGUAGUUUGUGAUUUCAAUGUAUUUUGCUGACUUAGGAAAGAAUGUCUAAUAAAAGUGUGUGCAUUAAACACUUGAACUCAACUAUAAAAUUUGUUUUUUUAUAUGUUUUUCUCGAAUUCACCGUAAUUAGGACAUUUGACUCUUCGUAGAAUCUGGUAUUCAGAUGUUCUCUUUAUACCCAAAAUAUAGUAAGGAGUUUUGAUUGA